AUGUCAUUAACAAUGAGUCUGCAGUCGUUCUGCUCCACUCCGUCCACCUCAACACCAACCCCAAACCCUUCAGCCUCACCAGCACCAUCCUCCACUCUGUUUCUGAUUCAUUCCAACGCUACCAGCACUAAUCUAUCUCAUCAUACUCAUGUGAUUAUCAUCGAAAAAGAUGACGAUCAGGAGCGUAUCAACGAGAUGAAGGCUGUUUUCAAGACAAUACAGAUCGGUCUGUCGUUUAUAGCCAUUCAUUUUGGCCUCGAACAACUGCCCAACGACAGUUACGAACGCACUUUUUAUUCGACUUAUUUUGAGACGACUAUCAUCAAUACAUUCUUAGUGGCGAGUUGUUACUGUGCGUUGAUGUUGACUCUCGAAAGGUAUAUUCUAAUCACCCAUCCCCACAUGCGUCGUCCAGCCAACCCCAAACGCACCGCACGUCUCCGUAUCGUUCUUCUACUCCUCUUCACCUUCAUUCUACACUCUCCUAUGAGUGCACAAAAUCGCAUCAAAUUCAUCAACGGUCGAUGGCGUAAAAUGCUAUUAUUUAGGCGUGAAAGUGCAUCAUUAAUGCGAAGUUUCACUGAGAAGAAAUUAACCGCGUUAAUGUUUUCCAUUACUUUCAUCUUUCUAAUCGGUAAUCUGCCACAAAUAUUCGUUAUGGUUCUACAGAAUGAAGCCAUCGAAGGCAAUUUCAGCUUUCAAUUACUCAGAAAUAUAGCGAAUGCACUCGAAGUGCUGAAUCACUGCUUGAAUUUCUACGUGUUCUGUAUGGCGAGUAGUGAGUAUACACGAGCAUUCCUACUGAAUUGUUUCUUUGCGAGUCGAUUCUUGAGCAUGAUACCGGCGUGUGCGCGUUUCAUUUACACCACUAAACCGAGCAGGUAA